ACAGCGGUUCUUAAUGGGGAACACAUCUAAAUUCCUUCUCGGUGGUGUGUGCCUCAGGGGAAGCAGCUUUUGAUUUCAGCUAUUUAUCUGUUAGUAUUAAUACCACCCCCAGAUUAUUCUUUACCGUCCACGUUUGAGAUCAUCCUUGAGUAUCAACUGGUAUCUGAGAAUCAAGAGAAGUGCUCCGGUCACCAUUUUCUUCAGCUAGUCAUAGAGUAUUUCCUCGGAUCAAAGUCACUGUUGUACCGAACUCUGCGUUUGGAAACGUCUCGUCUUGAAGCCCGGGCUGGAGUCGACGUGUGCCGCACUUCUGCAAUGGAGCGGGCACAGGUGAAGAGUUUUGCAGUUUGGGAUUAUGUUGUCUUCGGAGGCCUCUUCGUCAUCUCCUCUGGCAUCGGAGUGUUCUUUGCCAUCAAAGAGAGGAAGAAGGCAACUUCCAGGGAAUUCCUGGUGGGGGGUAGACAAAUGAGCUGUGGCCCUGUGGCUUUGUCUCUGACAGCCAGCUUCAUGUCUGCUGUCACCGUGCUUGGGGGCCCUGCUGAGGUUUACCGGUUCGGGGCAUCCUUCCUGCUGUUCUUCAUUGCCUAUACCUUCGUCAUCAUCUUCACGGCCGAGCUCUUUCUGCCUGUGUUCUACAGAUCGGGCAUCACCAGCACUUACGAGUACUUACAACUACGAUUCAACAAACCAGUUCGCUAUGCAGCAACCGCCAUCUACAUUGUGCAGACGAUUCUCUACACUGGAGUGGUGGUCUAUGCUCCUGCGCUGGCCCUCAAUCAGGUGACUGGGUUUGAUCUCUGGGGCUCAGUGUUUGCAACCGGAAUUGUUUGCACCUUCUACUGUACCCUGGGAGGAUUAAAAGCAGUGGUGUGGACAGAUGCAUUUCAGAUGGUUGUCAUGGUUGUGGGCUUCUUAACAGUUCUCAUUCAAGGAUCCAGUCAUGCCGGCGGAUUGCACAAUGUGUUAGAGCAAGCAACAAAUGGAUCUCGACUAAAUAUAUUUGACUUUGAUGUCGAUCCUCUCAGAAGGCACACCUUUUGGACAAUCUCAGUGGGAGGAACUUUUACCUGGCUUGGGGUCUACGGAGUUAAUCAGUCAACCAUUCAGAGAUGCAUCUCUUGCAAAACAGAAAAGCAUGCUAAGGUGGCCCUGUAUUUCAACUUGCUUGGUCUCUGGGUCAUCCUUGUGUGUGCUGUGUUCUCUGGACUGAUUAUGUACUCCCACUUCAGGGACUGUGACCCUUGGACUUCUGGAAUUAUCUCAGCACCAGACCAGCUGAUGCCUUAUUUUGUCAUGGAAAUAUUUGCCACGAUGCCAGGACUGCCAGGACUCUUUGUAGCUUGUGCCUUCAGUGGAACUCUAAGCACGGUGGCUGCCAGCAUCAAUGCUUUAGCAACGGUGACCUUCGAGGAUUUUGUCAAGAGCUGUUUCCCCCACCUCUCCGACAAACUGAGCACCUGGAUCAGUAAAGGCUUAUGUCUCUUGUUUGGUGCAAUGUGUACCUCAAUGGCUGUGGCUGCAUCCCUCAUGGGGGGCGUUGUGCAGGCUGCCCUUAGCAUCCAUGGCAUGUGUGGAGGACCAAUGCUUGGCUUGUUCAGUCUGGGCAUCAUAUUCCCUUUUGUGAACUGGAAGGGUGCACUUGGAGGCCUAUUAACUGGAAUUACCUUGUCAUUUUGGGUGGCCAUUGGAGGCUUUAUCUACCCAGCAGCAGACUCCAAGACAUUGCCCUUGCCUCUGUCGACAGAUCAGUGUGCUCCAUCAAAUGUUACAGAAUUGGUGUCUCAAGUGCUGUCUAGUAGACCUGUCAUAGCUGAUACCUGGUAUUCCAUCUCCUACCUUUACUACAGUGCAGUGGGCUGCCUGGGGUGCAUAAUUGCUGGAGUAAUCAUCAGCUGCAUGACAGGACCUCAACAUGGCAAAGAUAUUCAACCCCUGUUAAUUAGACCAGUGUGUAAUUUAUUUUGCUUUUGGUCCAAGGAAUACAAAACCUUAUGCUGGUGUGGAGUUCCACAUGACAGUGGGACGGAGCAGGAAGAACUUGAAAAUGGCAGUGGCUGGAAACGAGGCACUGAGUCUGCCUUACAGAAUGGACUCACGCAAGAGAGCCAGGCCCCUGGCUCUGACCCCAAGGACAAAAGUUACACCAAUGUGACCUUGGCGAAGAUGACCCAUUUCUGAGGCAGCACAGGCUCGCACGCAGAUACACACUGAGUUUUUGGUUAGUUGAGUUGUGUAGUCACUACUGAUGGGAAUCAAUAAACAUCACCAGUUUCUAUUUAUACUUAUUUAUAACUACAAAUAGAAUAAAAUGCCUGUUUUCCAGAAUUUGGGGGUGGGGUGGGGGGUACAGAUACCAACUUUUAGAUGAGAAAAAAAAUCCAAGCCUCUUUUUGAUCUGGAAACUUCCUUCUUAAAUAAAGAAUAAGUUUCAUCAUGA